UUAGAAACAGGUUGUGGGUGACAAUUUAAUACCAGGACAGUUUAUUUUUAUUUCGGAUUAGUGACAUUUUACAAUUGUAAACGUGUACUUUUAUUCAUCAUAAAAACAGUGUUUAUUGGGUCAUGAAAACCUUAAAAGAGGGGUGAACGAAAAAAGAAGAAAAGUGGACAUUGAGAUGACUAUAAGACAGGAUGAUCAAAGGCGAUCAUGGUCAGAUAUUGAAGACUUUAAUAAAAUGAGUGGUAGUACUGUGGUGGAAGAUCCGGGAAUUCCCCUAGUAGACCGCCGGAACGGGAAAUAUAAUAAAUACGUGCAAGAUGACAGUCAGAACGGAAGUCAUGCAGAUUUAUCAGCACUUGGACCUCCUGGAAAAUUUGAUAAUAUUAGUUAUCGACUUAGUCGACGAAAGUCACUAAUCAAACGACGUCGGAUUUGUGUAAAUAUAGAAUGCACACUGGCAUUGAUAGGAAUGAUUGUCAUGCUAGUAGAAAAUGAACUUAUAUUUGCACAUAAGAUAACAAAAUCAGAUGCCGUAUCAAUAUUUUUAAAGAGUGGUAUAUCUGUAUCGACCCUUUUACUCUUAAUGGCUGUAAUUGGAUAUCACGUGAUUGGCAUACAACUGCACAUGACUGACAAUAGUCUAGAAGACUGGCGACUAGCAGUAAACUUUCCGGCUACAUUUGUGAAAAUCUUAAUAGAGCUGAUGGUUUGUGCCAUUCAUCCAAUUCCAGGCAAUAUAACAACUCACGUGACCGAUCCUAAGAGUGAAGGACAUGAUGUAUCUAUAGAUGCUAUUUUAUCAAUUCUCAUGCUGAUGAGAUUUUAUUUAGUAGGGAAAUUUCUGGUGGUGCACAGUCGACUUCUUACCAAUACGGCUACACAAAGUCUGGGAGCAUUAAACAAAGUCAAGAUUAAUACAGUUUUUAUUUUUAAAGCGUUAAUGUCAACAAUGCCAGGUACGAUCCUAAUAUUUAUUAUGCUUGCAAUUCUUCUUUCUAGCACGUGGGCAAUGCGCACCUGCGAAAUAUACUACCAUCCUGACCCAGAGCACUCAACAUUUUUCAACUGCAUGUGGAUGAUCGCCAUUACCUUUUUAACAGUUGGAUAUGGUGAUAUUUACCCCAACUCUUACUGUGGCAGGUUUGUCGCUGUAUCGACUGGAUUAAUGGGCGUAGGAACAACUGCGCUGUUAGUUGCUGUCCUAGCUCAGAAAUUAGAACAAUCUAGAGCUGAAAAAUAUGUACACAAUUUUGUUUAUAGGGCUCAGUUAGAUAAAGAAAGAAAACACGCGGCAUCAGAUGUUAUUAAAUACGUCAUACAGUUAUGGCGAAUGAAAAAACACAGCGAAGUUAGCGACAGAAAAAGAAUUCGAUUACAUGGAAAACUGUUGCAAGCUAUUUCCAAUAUGAGAGAAGCUAAAAAUGAGAAAUCAUCCAUUGGCGAGAGUGCUAUAGGUGUUAUAGAAAUAUCCAAAUCUGUCAAUGACGUCUAUGAUAUCGUGGAAAAAAUGGAGGAUUCGAACAAAGAACUGAAAGAUCAAGUUAACAAUAUGGAAUCAAAACUUUCAGAAAUGUCAACUAAAAUGGACGCCUUAUUUACAGCCAUGAUGAGAAAAUAAUAAAGUUAUCUGAACGAUUUGAGAUUGUAACUCAUUGCAUUAGAAUCAUAAACAUAAUCAUACAUAUCUCGCCAAAUACCGUUUAUCAAUAUCACCAAAUACCAUUCAGGUGAAAUAUAACAUGCGUCAAAUGAAAUGGCUAAGACCUAAAUCGCCAUUCUGUUUCCUGUAAAAAGAACAAUUGAAUUGUCAAGUGGCAAAGAUAGAACUAAUUUUUGUAUAUGGAAAUUUUGAAAAUCUUGUAGUCGAAUUGAACUGUUUUGCAACAUUUUCCAGUUGUAAAAAGGAUGGAUUCAUCAAACCUAGUCCCUAAUCUUUAUCUUAAACUAACAUACAUGUAUGUAAUAUGUAUAGAACUGCAGCAGAUAAAUUGCAACUUGAUGGAAAUUAGUUGGACGAAAGGAACAGGGAAACAAAUAAGCAGUUCGAGACCUGAAAUGAAGAAAGGCUUUUAUGACGAACAUCUGUUAAAUUAAUCAGCAGACAUUUAAUUCUUCUUUUUUCGAUGCACCGGUAUUAGUGAAACAUUUUAAGUAAACAUUCUCACCAAGUUGGGAUCCUCAUUAUUAUGGUAUGUUCACAGAGUCAUUUAGUUUGUAUAAAUAUCAUUGGGACAUCAAAAUGUAGUCGGAACUUAUCGACCACAAAAAGUAGUCGGAAUUUAUCGACCACAAAAAACUUAUCGACCACAAAUAGAAGUCAUAACCUAUCGAUCACAAAGAGUAGUCGAAACUUAUCGACCAAAAAAACUUAUCGACCACAAAAAUAAGUCAUAACUUAUCGAUCACAAAGAGUAGUCGGGACUUAUCGACCAGGUUAACAUCCAGAUGAUGGUUUACAAUAUUUACUUCUUUAGAACUUCAGCAUUAUAAUGAUUGAGCUUCCGAGUUCUAAUCAACAUAGGUCUACUUAAUUUCGGUGAAGGUUAGAUAUAGGAUUGGAUAAUGCGGGUAGAAUUUGUAGUGAAAGACAGAUAUGCGACAUAAACAUUGAACUUAUCCAAUAUAUUUCGUAUUUACAUACUUGGUAUCUUUCAUGCAACACCAAGAAUUAAUAGAUUCAUUAAAACAAUAACAGUUAUAAGUGCAAAUAGAUAAAAAGAACCAUGAGUAUCAUUGUAUAGACUAGUAAUACAAAUAUAGAACAGUUAACUAUAAGAAAUGCUUUUAUAGUUAUAUUUUACCUCAAAUUAAAAAAAACAACAUACAAAAUAACAAAUAUAUUCUUAUUUUACCUCAAAUUAAUACAAAAUAACAAAUCAAUUCAAAUAAUAUUUGUUUUCUAUAAUUAAUUCUUUGUACACUAACAUGCUUUUUUUAUAUUUAAAUGGUCGUAGUUGACGACAAAACAAAUUGAUUGAUUUUUUUAAAUAAUGUCACAAAUUAAAUCUUGCUGGAAAAUUUUUGAACUACUUAGUUCCGCCCAUGUAAAUUUGUCGUUGUUAACACUUGUUAAUCAGAUAAGGCUAAAAAUAAUAAAAAAAAAAAAAAUCUAUAAUUUGAUUUGUCAGAAAGCUAUAGCAAAUCACCAUUUUUCAAAAUUCCUUACUGCCGAAACGUUCUGAGCAAUUAAUCAUCCCUAUAUAACAAAUAUUGUGUGAAAUAAGUAUAGAAUAGGAUUUCUGUCUGUGGAUUAAUUCUAGGUUUAGACAAUUAACAUAGAGCCACAGACCAACUGUCAUUGUUGGAAUUGUAAUGUCUAUUUAUGACCACUAUUUAUUUGGCAAUCAUGCAAAUUAUGCUACAGUUAAAAAAGUUUUUUGUCGCUGCGGUAAUGGAAAUUUAUUUUUACUGUUUUUACAGUAAUGGAUGACUUGAAGUCUUACUACCGCUGUAUUUGAUAUAAUGUUACAUUGUUGCAUAUAGCUCUGUAUGUAUGUAAUUAGAUUGGAUAUUGUGCAUAAUAUGUAAUGUCCUGCGAAAGACAAAUCAACGUAUGUAUAUAAUUUAAAAGUAACAACUUUGAUUUGUUGGUUUCCCUGUAUCUAAAUCACCUUACAUCAAAUUGCAUAUCAUGGCUUUGUGACUACAAAUACACAUGGCCCAGCCUUAACAACUUCACCCUGGUCUUAUCACCGACGUCAAAAUAAUUGGCAAGACUUUAUCAAGUCAACUUCCCGUUUGCAUGUAAAGCAAAGAAAAACUAUUGGUUCUAUCACGAAACACUUAAAUACAAUCCGAAAAAUCGAUUUUCAGAUUUUCAUAAUAAUGAUAUUGUAAAAUAUUAGCUGCUAGACACAAUAUAAAGCCUUUUUGAACGCUGCUCUCACUCUAUUGAAAGCUUCACUUUGUAAUUUGCUGCUGAUAUUUGACAGUAUCAAUAUGGAGAAAACCUUAUAAGCGGUAAAUAUUAAAGUAGUAUGGGAAUGACUGAAUUAUUUCAUACCUUAUCACAAUGUUGUUUACAUCGUUUGUUUUUCCCCCCAAAAAAUAUAAUAAAAGUCAUAGGGCACUCAGCUUGUUUUCAAGCUAAAGGUGGGGAUAAAUGGUCACAUUUUGUAUUUAAUAUACAGGAAAAAACACUAUUGUGUGAAAAGAAAAAGACAAAAUGACAGAAUUUUUGAAUAAAAUAUAAGAAAAUGGCUCUUAUAAAAUAUUUUUAAGGGAGUAAAGUGUUAUCACCAUGCUUUUAAUAGUUCUAUACUACAAAAUAGAAAAACUUACUCUACAUUCCUGGAUACUACAAAAUAGAAAAACUUACUCUACAUUCCUGGAAAAAAUUAUUAUUCGAGUCAUCGCCCUUCUCUAAGUUUUGAUUUUUUAAUCAGUCAAACAAUAUUCUUUAUUUGUAAAAACAAUCGUAACAAUACUAUAAAAUCACACAAUUUUCUUCUUUUAAUGAAAAUCUAAUAAAAGAAAGCCUUCCUGUCUAAAAAAUUGCAGUCUUCAUUAAAAAUCUGGACCGAUUGUUUUCUGCUAUUUUAACCAUACAAGAUGGCGGAAGUUUUUCAUACUUCAUUAAUAUAAAAAAAAGAUAUAUAUUUAGAAAAUCUGCACUCUUGUCAGGCAAUAUUGUUCCGUAUUGUAAGCAUGUCUGAAAAUAGUAAGAUUUCUUUGUGCAUAAUUAUGUCUUGUCUUUGGAAAAUCAGGGAUCCCACAUGAAAUCUUUUAAGUUUAAGCUAUGCUGAACUGUUAAGUUUGCGUUCUUAAAUUCGUGGUAUGUAUGUUUGUAUGUCAAUUACUGUUAAUUAUAGUUUGUUGGUUAUUAUGCUCAAAUGGUCACAUAAAUGUUAAAAAAAUAAAAUUGAAAAUAUUUUAUUAA